AUGGACGCCAAGGAACCUCACUUUUCCGCUUCCGAGAAGACCUUGCCCGUGUUGUCUCGGCCGUCGGCUGCGGCUUGGUCGGCCGAUCCGAUCCACUCGGACCCCUACGCAGCUCCUCCCUACGCGGAUCCCAACGUAUCAAACCCUGUCCAGACCCUCCAGACCGCGAAACCCCCAAUACCCAGAGCUCCUCCAGCUCCAGCCCUAGCUCCCGCAGCUACAGGUCCCAGUCGCAUUGCACCCUCCAGAAUUCGCAAGCCCCGUAAGAAUGCCAAUGUUUCUGUGGGGAAAUCCACCCUAUUUUGGGUCAAUAGCGAUCAGCAAACAGCGGCGGCAGGCACAACGGACGAGACCCUGAAGCGGAUUCGAUCCCAUGUGAUGUCCGAGCAUAAUCGCAAGAAGCGAAUGGAAAGCACGGAACAGUACAAUAAGAGCAAAUGGAAGGCGCCUUAUCCACCCCCCGCGACGGAUGCCAGUGCACUAGUGCCCGUCGGCCCUGCCCGCCCGUCGAUCAGUUUGCCUGUUAGUUUAUCCAGGACUCAAAUUUCCGACAAAAGAGAAAUAGACGAGGUUGAAGCGCUUAUAGCAAGCACAGCCGUGGGAUACUCGGCCACGCUCGCCGCAACAUGGGAUGAUAGUGGUUUCAAUGGGACGAUGGCCUACCCUCCUGGACCGUCUGUAUGGUCGUACGUGGGACAAGGAGCUACUGACCCUUUUAUGACUGGGCAUACCCAACUCACAGAGAAUAUGAUGCGGCAUCUGCGAGUCUUCCUCUGGGAUCUCACGCAAGAAGCCCACCCUUUACAGACACGGUAUAAGCCCAAGCUCCAGGCGCACUGGGCGUCAUUGAUCCAACGUGACCCGGCCGUUCUACAUGCAACCAUUUGUAUGGCUUCAUCGAAUAACGCCAUGCAGGCAGGAGAGUUGCCUAUUCGAGAUCCGACUCAAAAGCGGAGCCAAUUGGUGAUUGAUACGUUCCAUCACCGCGGUGAAACUAUUCGAUUGGUCAACGAGGGUCUAUCAGACCCGGUCAAAGCUUCUAGUGAUGCUUUGAUUGCCGCAGUUUCUACCUUGUUGACGAUUGAGAUUGCGUCAGGUAAUCCUGAUUAUCUCAAAAUUCACCUGGCAGGGUUGCGGCAGAUGAUCGCACUGCGAAAAAACUUCCACGAGGUUCCUUCAGACGUCCGGUUUCAGAUCUCAUGGACCGAUAUUCGAGUCGCCUGCAUGGCGCACGCUAAACCUAUAUUUCCCUUUGUUCGCUAUACCCGCCCAGCGCGGUUUUCCCUCAUCCCACCCAACGAUGAUGUAGCUUUGCUUUCCACCCGCCUCUUUCCCUUACUCAAAAUACCCGGCAUCUUCGGCGAAACCAUGCCGCAAAUCAUACAUGAUCUCCUCGAACUAUCCUGGUAUGCCGAAUGGAUCAAAGGCAACACAGGGUACAAAGAGUUCAAUGAGGAGACCGAGGACUAUUUCAAUACAGAAGUUUUGCACGUAGAAUAUCAGCUGCACAUGGACCGAUAUACGGUGACAGGCCAGGUAAAGGGCGACAACAGCAUCGAGGGCUGCACCCGCCUUGCGUUACUGCUGUUCCACAACAGCGCCAUUUGGAACUUCUAUCCAAUGGUCGCUCAGUUGCUGCCCAAGCCGAUCCAGGCCCUGCGCACAGCCCUCGAGGUGACCAUUCCCUCUGGCCUAUUCGCGCUAUGCCGUGACUUGCUUUUCUGGCAGCUUUUCUUAGGUGCAGCUUGCAGCCUGACCCUGCCGUCCGAGCGGGAUUUCUUCGUGUCUGAGCUAGCUACAGCUGCAAGUCUGCUAGAGAUCGGCUCGUGGCAGGAAGCCCGAGCUACUUUGCUAGGAUAUUUCUAUGUCGAUCGCGUUCACCUGCCUAUGCUUCGCCAGAUUUGGGACGAGUGUCAGUUGCAGGUAGCAACCCCAGUCGUAUGA